GGGCUCUGGGUCUGCGCGUCCCCGUCAGCUAGCUAGCGGGCUGUCAAGCUGUCAAGUGGAGAGGCUGGGGCUAGCGUUCUGCUUCUCUCUGUUUGGCGACAACAGCUCCGGCCAAAAACUUGAUCAGAUAACCAGUUAGGCUAUACCUUAAAUUAACAGCCGAGAUAAGUAAUGCAUCCCUGGCUCACACAGAACAGGGAGUUCCGCACUUUCACACAUUACAUGCACUGCAUCUGAGAGACGUUUGCUAGCUAACUAGCAAGCUAGCUUAGCUAACCCCUCAUCUCUUCGGUCAACCCUGUUUGGUAUCUGCGACUAGUCGUUCCUCUGUACUGCCGCAAUUUCCGUUGCUGUAACCCGAUUGUUCGGAUAUUUGGUUACAAAAAGGAUAUAAUGGGGGCAUUUUUGGACAAGCCAAAGAUGGAAAAGCACAACGCUCACGGUAACGGCAACAGCCUGACCUACGGACUCAGCAGUAUGCAGGGGUGGAGGGUGGAAAUGGAGGACGCGCACACAGCCGUCGUUGGCCUUGCCAACGGUCUGGAUCUGUGGUCCUUCUUUGCCGUUUAUGACGGGCAUGCCGGCUCCCAGGUGGCCAAGUACUGCUGCGAGCACCUGCUGGAGCACAUUACCAGCAACCCAGACUUCCAGAGCGCCCUGGAUGAGAACCCCUCUGUAGAGAGUGUGAAAAGCGGCAUCCGAACCGGCUUCCUGCAGAUCGACGAGCACAUGAGGAGCAUCUCCGAGAAGAAGAACGGCGUGGACCGCAGCGGCUCGACCGCGGUGGGCGUAAUGAUAUCCCCGGGCCACGUCUACUUCAUCAACUGCGGCGACUCUCGGGGGCUCCUCAGUCGGGGGGGAGCGGUGCACUUCUUCACACAGGACCACAAGCCCAGCAACCCCCUGGAGAAGGAGCGCAUCCAGAACGCCGGCGGCUCGGUCAUGAUCCAGCGAGUGAACGGUUCCUUGGCGGUGUCCCGGGCGCUGGGAGACUUCGACUACAAGUGUGUGCACGGGAAGGGUCCGACGGAGCAGCUGGUCUCCCCGGAGCCCGAGGUGUACGCCAUAGAGCGGUGUGAGAGCGACGACGAGUUCAUUGUGCUGGCGUGCGACGGCAUCUGGGACGUCAUGGCCAACGAGGAACUUUGCGAGUUCGUCAGAUCCCGGCUAGAGGUCACAGACGACCUUGAGAGAGUCUGCAAUGAAAUAGUUGACACCUGCUUGUACAAGGGAAGUCGGGACAAUAUGAGUGUGGUUCUGAUCUGCUUCCCUGGGGCUCCGAAGGUGUCUCCGGAAGCGGUUAAAAGGGAGAUGGACCUGGAUAAAUACCUGGAGAAUAGAGUAGAAGAGAUCAUCAAGAAGCAGGGUGACGAGGGGGUCCCGGACUUGGUGCAUGUGAUGCGGACGCUGGCGUCGGAGAGCAUCCCUAACCUUCCCCCGGGAGGAGAGCUGGCCAGCAAACGAAGCGUGGUGGAAGCGAUGUACAUCAAACUGAACCCCUAUCGAAGUGAUGACACAGACUCCGCGUCCACAGACGACAUGUGGUAACGCAGCCCCCCCCCCCCCCCCCCCCCCACCCUCACCUCACCACUAACGCAGCAUAGUUAAACCACCGUCCUGUCCGGGCCCCCCACCCCCCAGCGCUGCUCUGCGGUCGGCGUUCCUCGGAGCGUUUGAUUUCCAAGAAGGGAAUUUCAUUGGAUGGGGAAGAGGAGGAGACGGAGAAGUGUGCACACAAGCCUGAGAGUGUGCAGCACCUGUCCCCUCUGGAACGGAGCAUCCCCUCUCUCUCUCCCUCCCGUCUCUCCUUCCUUUGUGUUCAUCCAACCCAACAUCUCCCUCCCCUCAAAGUAAUCCAAAACAACUUUGGUCCACCAGGUGUUUUCUUUUACUUUUCUUCAAGUUAAUUAAUCAGCCUAAGGAUAUUUUUCUUUCUGUAAUUAAUUUGAUUCACAAAUUUUCCUCGUGUGUGUUUGUAUAUUUCAGUUGUUUUUUUUGUGAAGUGCAAUUGUCCUGUACAAACAGCCUGUAUUUAAUGCAGCUUGAUUUUAAGUUAAAAAAUGAAAGAAAUUAAAAAGAGAACCUUUUUAUGCACUAUCUGCCUUUUUUCCUGCUCUUCUGGAGUUCUAACAAAUGUCUAUUCAGUGAAUAUUACUGUUGUCCUCCAGCCACUGGCGCUCUGCUCUUGUUUUCUGUUAGUUUUGCUCCUUUAAGAAACGGGUAAAUUGUAUAGGAUGACAGCACAGUAAGCUCUAAACAAACCAUUCUAAUCACUUAUUUUCCUCUGCUUUUUUUUUUGUAUUGUUUUUGUUUUUUUCUUGUUGUUUUUUAAUGGCAAGUUGUAUCUAGCCAUUUAAAAAGCCUGGAGUGGAUAAAAAACGUUCUUUCUUAGACCGAUGAGGAAGGUAAUAUGGAAACAUGUCAUUUUCCAUAUUACCUUGUACAAAGAAGUCUCAUUAAGACACCGUUAACAACUUUGUUAUGUGUGUGGAUUUGUUAUUAUGCAAAUCUAUAUAAAUUAUACAUAAACUAUGUAUGGAUAGUUUACUAAACUAACGAUACAUACCAACAAUAACUAACACUCAGUUCACCCUAGUCACAUUUUAUAUAUAUAUAUAUAUAUAUAUAUAUAUAUAUAUAUAUAUAUAUAUAUAUAUAUAUAUAAUAAAACUAGCCAACAAAAUAAUGAUAAUAAAGUUCACCAAUGUCAUGUGGUGGGUAUCAGCCAGCCUGGGCAUUGACCGUGUCCAUCUCUGUGUCACGUGGAUACUCAUUCAUAAAUCUACAUUGCCCAACAUCACGGUGCCAUAUGAUUGAUGCCCUUCAGCGCCAAGCGUCUCCUUCAUGAGACUUCUUCAGUUUUGUAUGCGUAGAAUCGUAUGUCUUGCUUUUGGUAUUGUUUUUUUAAAUCCAAUCAUGCCAGUAGUUCAAGCACUGAUGUCUCUGGGCAACGUAAUCCUCACUCACCUGAAUGCAGGAGCAUUUUAUACUCUUCACUUGAAGGUGACGCAUCUUUUUUAUUUUGAAUUGGUCUUUAUGUGCAAGUUUUAACUAAGAACAAAUUAGCAAUGCAAUAACAUCUGCGGUCAUAAAGCGCCUUUUUAUUCACUAUUUAAUCGGUGCGUUUUCCCAAGCCAGAGCACAAGUUUGCUGCUAUAGUCGAUCUGAUUUGCAGUUCUUUUCCCUUUUUAAAACAAAUAGUCUCCAACUAUACAUGUAUUUCAAUGUAUUUCAUGAAACUUUGUAAUGUUUGAGAUUUAUCUUUUCUUUUAAUUUCUAACUACCUAAAAUUGCAUUGUUGGAAUUGUGUGUAUGUAAAUAUUUUGAAUUUCAAGGAAUAAAUCAUGCAGAUUGA